UUCAUAGUACUUAUAUUUAUUUUGUAGCUCUCGAAACGUUCACUGUUUUUUUUUAGUUUUCGUUUUUCAUUUCUAUUGUUGUUUCUUCAUUGGCUCACUUAAUGGUCGUAAAUCCGGCGAUGAAUCAAUCCCGCACCACUUCGCGGAACUUCCUACGCGAAAAUCGAAUCAGGGUUUCCCAGAACUACCAAUUGCCCACGGCAUCCUCUUUGGCCAGACGCUGUGGUCCAGAUAAAAAAGUUUUAGUCAAAACUCACCGGCCUUCGAUAGGUAAAAUACAACAAAGAAGUGAAAAAAGUAGUAAGUCCUUCUCGUCUGAGAAAGAAAUCCAAACGGAGGAUAUAAGCGAUGAGCGAUUUCUCAGUUCAGCAUUGCUUAAGUGCUCUGAAAAGUCCCAACCUCGAAGUGAGGGUGAUGACCAGUCGAAUGAUAGAGGAGAGCCAUUCUUGGGCCAAGGAUAUCCUUUGCGACGCUCUGCAUCCAAUUUCGAGCUGGGAAAAAUGCCGGAGCAAUAUGAUGGCUUUCAAAGGGGGCAGUACACACUGCACCGGCCGUUAGUCACGGUGCUCGGCAUUUUGCCUAGCUCGAUUAAUCUGGAUAACAAGAGUGGAAGUAGAUCUUCGCUUAAGGAACAGGAUGAAACGGAGGAAGACCAGGCCACUAGCUCCUGUUCCUGCUCCUCAGGAACAAUUUCGCCGCGCGUUCGGCAGAUGAACAUUCCCGAAGUGGUGGAUGUUGACGACGAAGAUGUGCUAAGUGUACAUUCGCAGGAAUCUGGAAUAGAACUUCUAAACUCUGUGCAGCAAGAAGAAGUAGAGAAUCUAAGUGCGGAUCCCCAGCCAGAGACACAGAAGCAAAUGGAAGCCAAGCCAAUCCUGCUUUCCGACGAGGAGCGGAAAUUGAUUUUAGAUGCAACCCGCGAAAGACGAAGUCAACUGAUUGCCGAGUACAACCGACUUCCCCUUUCAAUGGCCACGUUGCGGGUACGUAAUCUCAAGAGGCAACUGGAGCAGCAACUGGACUUGGUGGACCACGAUCUGAGUAUGCUUUCCCAGGCAAAGGUUUACUUAAAACAGGGCGACGUGUGCACUUUAACUAACAAGUAGCUAUUAAAAUAAAAAGAUCAACAACAAGGUG